UGAACAUAUGGAUAUCUGUUAUUAAGGCUUGGAGAUAAUUUCUGAGUCCACAGGAACUGCUUUCUUCUUCCCAAACUCACUAGCUAACACUCUUCUUGCUCCCACAAGAUGUUCCAGGUUUUAUGGUUGUGCUUGUGAAACAGUUCUGACAGGUUUUUCUUCUUCUUCUUCUUCUUCUUCUGGUUUGUUGUUUUGCCAAAUUCCACCUAUUUAUGAGGUUUCUGUAUUAAUGUUGCUAUGGUCCUGUUACAGUUAGUAGGUUUUCUUCUUGUAUUUCAAUAGAUAAGUAUUGUUGUAGAGGUGGCAUGGCUUGUUUUUCUGUUGUUUGCAAUACUGGGUUCUUAUCUAUUCCAAACAAAUUGGAAGUUCAUGGCGGAAAGUCCAAGUCUUUGGGGAGAUAUAGAGGUUUUUGUUGUCGUUCAUUUGCUUUUCGUUCGUUGGGAUAUCAUAAAUAUUGCAACUUUCAACAUGGGUUGCUCUGGAACAAUGAGCUUAGGCCACUGAGUAAUGGAAAAAGUGGAGUUUUCUUAAAGGGAUUCAAUAAUCGUUGUAAAUCUAAACAGGGGUUGUGUUGUUACAACAAAAUUGAGCCACUGACAAAUGCAAACAGUGCAAAUAAGGAGAUGCAUUUGGGAAAAAAAGGAAACACCAAGUUAAGGUCUUUGAGGAAGAGAUUUUCUUUAAGAUUACGCCCAAGGUUGCGGUUAUUAACUAUAAGAUUGAAAACAGUUACAAUUCGAUCAGUGUUAAAUGGUAUUGGGACCUUCUUGAGAAAGAAUGUAAGAAGAGUGACUCUUUUUUCUUCAAUUUCUGCAACAUUGGGGCUGUGCUAUCUGUUUUUGAAGUUAACAGCAGUGCCUUCUCCAAAAAUGGUUCCAUAUUCAGAAUUGAUAACAAGCCUUCGAAAUGAGUCUGUUACGAAAGUUCUACUUGAAGAGGGAUCUCGUCGGAUAUAUUAUAACACAAACUCUCGCAUUGCUGGGGAUACUCAUUUGUCUGAUGAAGAAUUGUCAAACGUACAAGGAGAGAAAAUGGCCAAUAAGGUCACAAGUGAUGAUGGUUCUCGAUCUGAUCAAGCACUGAAUACGAAUGUAUUGAAAAAAUUAUCAGUCACUCAAGCUUCAACCCCUGACUGGCAGUAUUCCACUAGAAAAAUAGAUCAUGAUGAGAAAUUUUUACUUAGUUUGAUGAGAGAGAAAGGAAUUACCUAUAGCUCGGCUCCUCAAUCAGUGUUGAUGUCAAUGAGGACUACUUUGAUAACUAUAAUAUCUCUGUGGAUUCCUUUGCUGCCAUUGAUGUGGCUUCUUUAUCGUCAACUUACUGCUGGUAAUAGCCCAGCCAAAAAGCGGAGACCUGAUAAUCAGUCAGUUGGAUUUGAUGAUGUUGAGGGAGUUGAUUCUGCCAAAUUGGAGCUUAUGGAGAUAGUUUUAUGCUUGCAAGGAGCUAUUAACUAUAACAAACUGGGAGCAAAGUUACCUAGAGGUGUAUUGCUGGUGGGUCCUCCAGGAACAGGGAAAACAUUACUUGCCCGUGCAGUGGCUGGAGAAGCAGGUGUACCAUUUUUCACCGUUUCUGCCAGUGAAUUUGUGGAGAUGUUUGUUGGAAGAGGGGCAGCUCGCAUUAGAGACCUUUUUAAUAUGGCAAGGAAAUAUUCACCAUCGAUCAUAUUCAUUGAUGAGCUUGACGCGGUUGGAACAAAGCGUGGCAGAAGUUUCAAUGAUGAGCGUGACCAAACGCUGAAUCAGUUGCUGACAGAAAUGGAUGGAUUUGAGUCAGACUCGAAGGUGAUUGUUGUUGCUGCAACAAACAGGCCUGAAGUAUUGGAUUCUGCCCUCUGUAGGCCAGGCCGCUUCUCAAGGAAAAUAGUUGUAGGAGAACCGGACGAAGAAGGAAGGAGAAAGAUUUUGGCUGUACAUUUGAGAGGAAUUCCUUUGGAGGAAGACAGUAAUCUUAUUUGCAGCCUCAUUGCUUCUCUGACACCAGGUUUUGUGGGUGCUGAUCUUGCAAACAUUGUCAAUGAAGCUGCUUUACUUGCUGCUCGUAGAGGUGGUGAAACUGUGGCCAGAGAAGAUGUCAUGGAAGCAAUUGAAAGAGCAAAGUUUGGAAUCAAUGAUAAGCAACUUAGACCUAGUACUAUUAGCAAGGAGCUUGGGAAAAUGUUCCCAUGGAUGCCUUCUCUGAUGGGAAAGAAUAACACAAGACAAGAUGGAUUGCCAGGGCCACUAGGAUAUCAAGCUCUGAGUUAAGUAUGUGCAUACGUUUUUGUAGUAAUUAUAUGGUACAAUAUGAUUGAGAUUAAUAAAUUUUUCAUGAGUUAGAAAUUUGAUUUAUACUUGUCAUCAUUUGCUGAGA